GCAGCGGCGGCGGGACGAGGCCGGCUGCCAUGGGGAGGCGAUGGGGAGACGCGCCGCCGCCGCCCCGCAGCCUGGACAAGGGCCGGCGGCUCCUCCUCCGCCUCCUCCCCGGGUUCGGCGGCGCGGUGAGGGGGGAGAAGCGGCCGUAGCCGCGACGCAUCUUCCUCCUCCUCGCCUUCCCCUGGAGAAGGGCAAAGGGACCCGCCAUGGACGCGGCGUCCGCAGAGCUCCGGCCACCGGGCACGUUGGGACCGCUGGCUGCCAUCUGCCUGGUGAACCUCUUCUUUUCUGGGAAAAUCGAAAGCGCUGUACCUUCAUUAGCUUGCAGUGGAAAACCAGAACAGCACACUGAACGACGUGGAGUCAUCUACAGCCCUUCCUGGCCGUUAAACUAUCCUCCAGACGUCAACUGCAGUUGGUAUAUCCAAGGUGAUAGGGGUGACGUGAUCACUAUUAGUUUUAAGAACUUUGAUUUGGAGGAUUCCCCAAAGUGUUCAGUAGAUUGGCUGAUGAUUGGGCCGUCUUCCAAGAGGGAGGAAUACCGAGUGUGUGGAUCCUUCAUCCCUCCUUCUUUCAUCUCUGCCAGGGAUCAUGUCUGGAUAGUUUUCCACGCAGACCCCUCAAGUUCAGGGCAAGCUCAGGGAUUCCGCCUGUCUUACAUCCGAG